AAUCGACACCAGCAGUUGAAGCCGUAUCAUGGAUCUGUGAACUAUUAAAUAAUUUGAUACGACAGUAUGAGGGCCGCAUUAACAUUUUUUUUAUUUUACUUACAGUUUGGGCUAGUGAUAUUUCAGGAGUUAGGUUUCAACAUUGAUACAUCUAAUACGAUAAUAUACCUAGAUCAAUCGAAAUUUAUUGACAAUGUGAAACCAUCAAAUAUAACAAGUUAUUUUGGAUUUUCACUUUUACUCAUCCCUGGAGAUGACACACAAUCUUCGUGGUUGCAGGUUGGUGCCCCACGCAGUAACAGCCCCUCUCUCAAAUUCAAGAAUCCGGGGAUAAUAUUCAGGUGCACUAUACCCAAACCUUGUAAAUAUAUAGAGAUUGAUAAGGGGGAAAACAGAAAUAUUUUGGAUGACGCUUGGAUUGGAGCCUCAAUGGAUGUCAGUUUGAAAUAUAACAGAACUGUCGUUUGUGCACCACGGUGGGUCCAUAUGGGAUUCAAUGAUUACAAAAUGCGCGGAGCUUGUUAUUGGUCAUAUCUUAAGAGUAAGCACUAUUAUAAGAAAAAGCCUUUGGAAAACGAUUUCAACGAUGUAUUGGAAGUUGAAGGAACAAAUGUCUACAAUUGGGCUCAAGGCGAGGCAGGAUUAUCAGUGCACAUACCUGAAGAUAAAAAAGAGAUGUUUAUUGGCGCACCGGGUGUUUACAAUUGGAAAGGAACGACUAUGGUAUACAAAGAUGCAAAAAAUAAUAUAUCUCCGAGCAAAUACACACAAUACUCAAAACAACAAAUACUUGAUGAAGAUCCUGCAGCAAUAUUCAAUCAUUUCGAUAUUGCCGAUCCCACAGCUACUAAAGACAUCAACGUAUUCAGUUAUUACGGAUAUGCCGUAACUUCUGGACGUUUCUACUCAAAAGAAACUUUUUACGUUGGAGGAGCACCUCGCUCUGGAUAUUAUGGUCAGGUGUUGGUAUCUAGUUCUGGAGGGAAAUUGAACAUCAAAGAAACAAAGAAAGGGACUCAAUUUGGCGAAUACUUUGGAGCUGCAUUGGCAGCAGGAGAUAUCAACCGAGAUGGUUUUGAUGAUCUUUUUGUUGGUUCUCCAUUCUAUCGUGGUUCUGCGUUCAACGAAGGAAGAAUGUAUUUAUAUUUAGGUAGCCCAAAAGGUAAACUUGAAGAACCUGUGAAUGAUAAAUUCAUAGAUGGAAAAUAUGCCAACGGGCAAUUUGGAUCUGCAAUUACCUUCCUAGGAGAUAUUAAUAGGGAUGAAAAUAGAUAUGUUGCUGUGUCUGCACCUUAUGCUGAAGAGGGUUCAGGAAUAGUAUACAUAUAUAAGGGUUCAGGGCGAUCUUCUGGUUUUUCUUUGAAACCCGUCCAGGUUAUUAAAGGGAAGUCUUUCCUUCCAGAAAUAAGGGGAUUCGGUUUGGCCAUAUCAAAACCUGCUGACAUAGACGGUAACGGGUAUAAAGAUAUUGCCAUUGGUGCUUACCAGUCAGGUCAUGUUGUUAUCUUGAGGAGCCGACCAUUAGUUGUACUGGUUACUAACUUUUCUCAAGUACCUGAGACAAUAUCCAACGAUAUGAUCGAAUCCUCCAAACCAAUUCCAUUUGUGAUAUGCCAUGAAUAUAUUUCCCAUGGAGGAAUGGAUACUAUAGAUAUAUCAAGAAAAAUUGAAGUGGAUGAGAAUAUUGGUAGAGCAUAUUUAGAUAGAGGAACAAAAACUAAAUUAUUAAAAUUGACGAGGGGAAAACCAGAGUGUGAAGCUUUAACAAUAAAACUUCGAUCCCCACUUCAUAAUAAAUAUGAUUCAUUGACUUUGGCAGCAAAUAUCUCUUUCAUAGAAGUCAGACCAAAACCAAGCAAAUUAUUGGUUAGCAAUUCCUCACUGGAAACUCAAGACAAUUUUUGUUUGAGAUGUGGUGUUUAUGAUAAGUUCAGAUCCAAUUCCACAGUAAAAAGAUCAAUUCCCUUCGUUCUUGGUUGUGGAAAUGACAAUGUUUGUCAAUCCAAAUUGAGUUUCAAUGCUUCUUUCAUCAUAUCAGGAAAAAGAAACAAUACAUUCAUACGAGGUUCUACCAAUGAAAUAGACUUGGUGAUCGACGUGAGGAACGAUGGAGAAAAUGCUUACAACCUCUUGGUGCAGGUCGAUCUACCUGAAGAACUCAGCUUCAAGAUAAAACCAACCUUAUGUGAUCAAAAUAAAAAUAGAAUGACAUGUCAACUUGCGAAUCCUCUUGAAAAAGGCAUGAAUAAAACUUUAUAUCCCCUUCUGAAACUCGAUAUGGACUACAUCAACAAAAAAAAUCUUGAAGAUUUUCUAAAUAUAAAUAUAACUUUACUGACAGUUAGCCAGACAAAGAAUCCAGUCACACAGAUGGUAAAACUAAAUUUGGCAACAGAAGCUGAUAUAUUGAUUUCUGGCAAUUCUGGCGAACAGAGUUAUACCUAUGGAAAUGCAUCAAACUCUAUGGUGGAAUUCAUGCAGAUCUAUACAAUUACCAAAUUUGGAUCGAGUCUCGUCAACUCUGUAGAGUUCCAGAUUGAUGUUCCGUAUGCCAUUAAAACAGACACGAAUAAUAUAUCAUUCAUAUCUAUGAAUAAACCAGUUGGCUUUCUGAACGGACAAUCCUUGGAUAUUAGGAGCCAAUGGCUUAAUUUAAUCGCAGAAGAACUUAAAAAAGAAGAAAUGGAUACCAUGAACUACAAUUCUAGGAUUAUGGUGGACUAUUCAAAUUUACAGAAUAUUACAGAUAGCGAGUUUUUGGGUACCACACCUUAUGAAAUAAAUUGUGCAAGAGAGGACGUUCUUUGUGGCCGUAUAUAUGGGAGGGCUGGCCCAUUUGAAGUGAGGAAAAAUUCGGCUAUUCUUCAGCUUCAGUUUUUCUUCGAUAUUAAGAAUAUAAGAGGUUUCUUGCCAAAAAAUGCUGUUAUCAGAUACUCCACAACUGGAAUAAUUGAAAUUAAAGAUCCACAGAAUUUGACGCAGAGCGGGAUGAGGCCAGACAUAGCGAUUGUGAGCAGUAUUUUUUUCAAUGAUUCCUCUAAGAGAAUAGAUCUCUGGAUUAUUAUAGGUUCAGCUCUUAUAGGAUUUUUACUGCUCUUGAUAUUCACUUUCGGUUUGACAAAGGCUGGUUUCUUCAAGAGGACCAGAAAAGAGGAGUUAGAGCAAAUGAAAGCACAGACUGGACAUGAAAAUGGUAACAUGGAUACCACAGAUGUUCCUACAGAUGAAUAAAUAAGAUAGAAAAAAAGUAUUUUUUUAAGUCUUGUAAUGAAUUUUCCAAUAAAAUAUUUCUUUUA